AUGGCUGAACAGAAGAGAGAACAGAAGAGAGAAGAGAGAGAGGGAGAGAGAGAGGGAGAGGACCCUGACACCGGGGAGCACAGGUUAAACCUGGCUGCAGUGUAUGUAUCAGAUGCUCAGCACAACAGGAACAUUGUUUUUGAGACGACACCACAGGCAGUGAGACUGUACCAGUUGUAUAAUCACUGGCUACUACGUGUGUGUGUGUACGUCUUCAUCAUAAUGGAUUUGGCACUUGCACUGUUCGAGGAACCUGCACUCAUCCCUCUGCCUCUGUGGACCACCUCAGUAAUCGAGCUCCUCUGUCUGAUGGUGUUUUCUGCACGGUUGAUUCACUACGCUAAAGUAAUUCCUCGCUGUGUUUUCAUCAGAGAUCCCAAAAACAUCUGCAUCAUCGUCACCAUCACGUUGUGUGUGGUGGAUCUGGGUGUGUAUGCUGUUUUGAGGUUGUGUGGACACUGGGCUGUGAGAUGGUCCAGAGUGUUAAGGCCUCUCCUGCUCAUCAACAUCACAGAAGGACGACAGCUGCGCAGGGCGUUCAGGAGUAUUCGUAAUGCACUUCCUCAGAUCCUGGUGGUGUUUUUCCUCUUCAUUUUCAGUUUGUUGAUGUUUUCACUCAUGGCUCUGAAACUACUGGGCAAAAGGAAUCUUAAAACUAUCGAUGGCGCUCCGUACUUUACAGAUUACCUGGAGAUAGUUUUUGAUCUGUACGUUUUAGUUACGACGGCCAACAGUCCUGACGUCAUGAUGCCAGCUUACAACUACAGCUCGUUCUUUGCCAUUUUCUUUAUCCUGUACAUCAUCAUUAACACGUACACCUUCAUGUCUGUGUUCCUGGCCGUCGUCUACAACAACUACAAAAAAUAUCUCAAGGAGGAGGUACGGCAGCUGGUGAGGGCCAAAAGGCAGAAGUUGUGCCGUGCCUUUUCUCUGCUGCAGGAAGUAGGCGGGGCUGGAGAGGAGCCAACUGUCAGUCAAACACGCUGGAAGCAGUUAGUGCGUCUCGUCCAGUCUGACAUCAGCAGCGCGCACCGGGAGCUCCUGUGGAGUGUGUGUGACCCUCAGGGCAGCGGACACGUCGGGAAGAUGGCGUUUGUGCAGUUGGCUGAUUUGUUGAAUAUUCAGGUGACCACAGUGAAGUCUCACACACACCCACUGGACCGCUGGAUACCUGCUGUAUAUCAGUCCACCUUCAGCAAACUGAUCCACAGCAUGGUCCAGCACAGGGUGUUUGUGUACGUGUAUGAUGUCAUCAUCCUGAUUAACGCGGUGUUUAUUGGACUGGAUGAGGAGAACCCGGCGGUGUCCAUGGCGGAGUGGGCGUUCCUCACGCUCUACAUCCUGGAGAUCCUCCUCAAGCUCUACACCUUCGAACCACGCACCUUCUUCGCCAAACACCAAUUCUGGAACUGGUUUGACACCAUCAUCAUCGUCUCUGCUCUGCUGGCAACCAUCAUCAACGCUGCUCUGAAAUCCUCUGGAGGUUACACGAGUCGUCAGAUUCUUGACAUCGUCUUCAUCCUCAGAGUGCUCCGCCUCCUCCGCGUCGUCGACACCAUUCCCAGGUUCCGUGCGAUUAUUAACACCCUGAUUAAGAUCGGUGCACCCAUGCUGACAUUCGGGCAACUCAUCCUGGUGGUGUAUUAUAUCUUUGCGAUGGUGGGGAUGGAGCUGUUUAAAGGGGAGGUUCAGUAUUUCGGCGUUGACUCCGGUGACCCUGCGCAUCAGUUCUGCGGGAACGUCCUGCUGAACGGCUCGGCCUUCGCCCGCAAUAACUACUGCAAAAAUAACUUUAAUGACGUCGUGUCAUCCUUCGUCCUCCUUCUGGAGCUCACCGUCGUCAACCAGUGGCACGUUCUGACUGGAGGCUUCACCGCUGUCACUCAUGUUUCAGCGCGGAUAUUUUUCAUCCUCUUCCACAUUGUGGUUGUCAUCAUCAUCAUUAAUAUCUUUGUGGCGUUCAUCCUGGAGGCGUUCUUCAUCGAGUACAUGGUGGAGAAGAGCGAGCUGCAGACCGCGCUGGAAAAGAAGAUCGAGGAACUCAACCUGUGUGUGGAAAAGAACCAUGUGGACAAUAAUCUGGUGGAGGCGAUGGAGAGCCAGGACAAUGAUCUCGGCCCUGCUGAAGGAGGCAAAGCCAAACCCAACAUCAUGUUCCAGAUCAGCUCCACAAGGUACAGGACCAUGGAUGGCCUCCUCCAGCGCAUGUUUGAGACAGAGAUGGACCUCAGCGCUGAUGACGUUGAAGAGGAGGAAACGGAGAACAGGACCUUCUCGAAUCCAGCUUUCAGUUCCUCAUAAUGGAAAUGCAGACUUUCUCUAUAAACUUUAAUUAACAAAUUAUAGCUGUAAGUACAUAUUGCAUCAUCAUCUCGCUGCAGGUGUGAGGUUGGACUGGACUAGACUCUGUGAGGAGGAUGGACGUGCUGCUGUUGUGGAACAGUGAAACAGUAUUUACUGAAUGUAUAAAAAGAACACCUUGUAUUCAAAUAUCAUUUAUAUUACAAUAAAAUAUGAAUAUGUUUAACAUA